UGUUUUUUUUUCCUUAAUUUCUCCAUGGAUAACAUGAAUAAUGAAAUGUUGAUAAAACAAGAAAAUGAAGUAGCUAUAAUCAUGGUUCCAUUUCCAGCACAAAGCCAUCUCAAUCAACAACUUCAACUAGCCUGCAUAUUUUCCUCAUCAUAUGAUCUUCCUGUCCACUUUAUUGGCUCAGCUACUCAUAAUCAUCAAGCUCGUGUUCGAGCCAACGGGUUAAAACCAUCAGACAUAGCCAAAAUCCACUUCCAUGAUAUCCCAACACCUGAUUUUGCCUCCCCUGCACCUGAUCCUAAUGCAUUCACCAAAUUCCCAUCACAACUCUUACCAUCUUAUAAUGCUUGCACCCUUCUUCGCGACCCUAUAUCUUUGUUACUUCGUGACAUCUCCUCUAAAUCAAGACGAGUUGUCGUUGUUCAUGAUGUUUUAAUGUCAUAUAAUGUUCAGGAUGUUAUUUCUUUGCAUAAUGCUGAGUCUUAUAUAUUUAACUGUGUUUCUGUUUUCUGUAUGUAUUCUAGUUUUAUAUGUGUACCUAAUGGAAUGCCUAUUCCACUUGAUGAAGAUUUACUUAAAAAGUUACCUAAACUUGGACCUGAUGCACCAGAAGAGAUCAAAAAGUUAGUAGAUUUUCAACUUCAGUAUAGAGAUAUUAGAGCUGGUGAUUUAUACAAUUCAAACAAACUACUUGAAGGUACUUCUCUUGAUCUGAUGGAAAAAUUUGCAAGUACACAAAACAAGAAGCAAUGGGCAAUCGGACCGAUAUUUCUGGCUGCUAAAGUAGAUCAUGUAUCAGAUAAGAGAAACAAAUGUUUAGAUUGGCUUGAUAACCAACCUCCAAGAUCAGUUCUUUAUGUAUCUUUUGGAUCAUCAACUACAUUUUCUGAUAAAGAAGUGAUGGAGCUCGCGAUGGGACUAGAGCGAAGCAAACAGAAGUUUGUAUGGGUGUUGAGAGAUGGUGAUAGAGGUAAUAUCUUUAGUGAGGAAGCUAGAAGAUUUGAGUUGCCAGACGGGUUUGAAGAAAGAGUAGAAGGUGUCGGGUUAGUGGUCAGAGAAUGGGCGCCACAACUUGAAAUCUUGGCUCAUUCUUCCACAGGGGGGUUCAUGAGUCAUUGCGGAUGGAAUUCUUGCAUAGAGUGUAUUACUGCGGGGGUACCAAUGGCUGCUUGGGCUAUGCAUUCUGAACAGCCACUUAAUGCUUUCUUUGUGACAGAAAUCUUGAAAACAGGCCUUCUCGUUAGGGAGUGGAAGAACCACGAGGAGCUUGUCACUGCAUCCGCCAUUGAGGAAGUCGUGAGGAAGUUAAUGGCAUCAGAAGAAGGCGACGAGCUUAGGAAAAGAGCAGAAGAAUUGGGAGCAGCAGUAAGGGUGUCCAUAGAGAAAGGAGGUGCUUCUCAACUGGAGUUAGAUUCUUUCAUUGCUCAUAUUACUAGAUAGACUUGCUUUUCAGAACUAAAAAUUUCUGUUUUGUAAUGCUCUACUACUACUGAAUAAUCGAAAACAUACGUUGUUCGUCUUA